AUUAAAUAUUCUGCUUGGCAUAAAGGAGUUGAAGAGCAAUGUAUAUCUCUGUCACAAGCAUUGAUACUACAAGCAUGUUAUCUGUUUUUGUAACUUAUCUGUCAUACAGAGCUGCCAACUAGUACGGAUUUCUAUUUGUUUAUGUUCGAAAGGACCCCAACGGAAUCCAGUCGUGUCACUGUGUCAACUGUUGUGAGAACUUAUGAUAUGCAUCGUCAUUUCCUUAGCUUUCACCGACCGCCCGAAUGAAGUUGUUUUUAUUGUUAUUCUUUUCAAAGAUCACGUAAUAUGACUAUCAAACUGAUCACGUGACUUAAUCGACGCUUCAUUUCAUUUUGCAUCUCAUCGGUGUUUCACAAUCUUGACUCUUGUUUCAUUCGAACUUAAAGCAUCUUUGACUCGGCACACGUUGCUUUGAGACCAAGAUGAGGGAAGAGGAACAAUGUUGAUCAGGGUCAUCAAGAAAAGCGGAUUAAAAAAAUAAUUGACUUGCACCUAAAGCUUGUGAGAAAGGUUCUUUUGAUGGGAACAAUCUUGAAACAAUUAAGUCUGCUGGUGAAGGAUCUAAUUUUAGACUAGCCUUAACUCUUUGCCAAAAACCCGAGUUUCUGGAGUGCAAUCUUACCAGUUGUAUCAUGUUCAUAGACACUGCACAUUUGGCUAAAGGAAGUUUUUUCAAAAGUCAACGAAAAAUGACAAGGCUGGAAAUGAGUCGAUGUAAUGGUGUUACAGCGAUCUGCGACUGAAAAGCGCAUACUCUCUUGGACAUGUGAACGAAAAGAACACCGGGACAGUCAAGAGCACAGUUGUAGGAACUACUGACUUUUCAUUCCUGCGGAUAUCUCUCUGAUGUAGUUCAGGACUUGGCCUAUCGACCUUCUUGGGAAGCAAAAUAAGACCAUCCAGUCAACUCUUGCAGCAGCUUGGUAGGCCAAAGAUAGAAAUGGUGCUUAAUAUAACUCCAACUAUUACACCAAGGGGUGAUUUUCUGGGUAUGUACGUGAUAAAAAAAUACUUUCUUAGCAGUCAACUUAACAAACAAACACAUUUUGAGAAGCCAUAUUGACCACGAUUUCUACAGCAGCCGCAAAGACUUCAUUGUUCUUCCGUGGAUAUGGACCUAGGUUUCAUUUUAAGAAAGACAAACAAAAAGGUUAACUCAACGUAAUCAUCUUGAGGGACCGAGUACUACUUUAAUUUUCCUUCAGUAUUCUCGCAUCAAUUCAGUAUCAGCGACCUGUUGGAAGUUGGAACUCAUGAUGGCUGUGUACGCUCACGCAAUAAGCUUCGUAGUACUGUGUGGAUUCACUCUGCUAUAUGGUGUAGUGAUGGAUCACACCAGCAUAACUCUCAAUCAUACGUGCUCGGAAAACUCGAGUGACCAUAGCGCCAACUGCUCAUAUCGCGGUCUUACAUCGGUUCCCCGGAAUCUUUCACACGACUUACGUUCCUUCUACGUUUCUCAUAAUAACAUCUCUAUGCUCCUCGACAAAUCGUUCGUUAACUAUAAACAGUUAAAAACUUUAGACGCUAGUUAUAACUCCAUCUACCUCAUUGAGAAUGAAACAUUUCAUGCUCUCCUGCUACUUAAGGUAUUACGGCUCCAUCGCAACAGUAUCAAUGUCCUACCCAUUUCCCUCCUUGAGAAGAAUGUUCAUCUAUCCUCGAUAAUCCUACAUCAUAAUAUACUCGAAGGAAUUCCUCACAUCGUUGGAAACAAUCUGCAAACUACUCAGUUUGCAGAAGAUGGGGAGAACGCAUGCGGAUGUAAGAAUAUGUCACGUUUUGAUUUGUCUUUUAAUAAAGUCGGAUCACUAGAGCAAGGAGAUUUUGUAGCUUUACGGAAUUGCUCCUUCGAUAGAUUCAACUUGAAUAAUAACGAUAUAAAGAGUCUCUCUCGUGCCGUUUUCACGGAUCUACAAGCAGUUCAUUUGCUCAUCAAUUAUAUAUCACUGGCUGAAUUCUACGCCGACUCUUUUCUGGGUAACAAGGCAAUAGUAAAAGUGACUAUAAUCUGUUCGGGCAUAAGAUCUAUUGUACCCAUGAAUACAUCGGAAAUGCCAAGAGAUCUUUUCCCUGGUAUAACAAAACUUUAUCUAUCACGCAACGAAUUGAUAACUAUUCCAAAGUAUGCCCUGGAUGGUUUCGAAAAACUCCAGUUACUAGAUAUUAGUUCCAAUCGUUUAUCUAGUCUUCAAAACGAGUCAUUUUGUGGAUUGAAGUCGCUGGUUAAUUUGGAUCUAUCUGCAAACAAAAUUAAGUCUCUUCCACGAGGAUCUUUUGCUUGCGCCGAAAAGCUUGAGAUCAUUAAUUUAUCACGUAACGACAUUGCUGUAUUAGAUCCUCGAUGGUUCGACGGAAGCCAUAGUCUCAGCACUUUGGCAUUCUAUCAAAGCAACAUUCAUGAAAUCAAAACUAUACCAUGGAAUUCAACAAAUCUUCAAACUCUUAACUUGAUCUCCAACAAACUUAAUUCCGUGACCAAAAAUACGUUCGUUGGUUUAAAAAAUCUAAAAUUUCUUGAUAUCUCCAUGAAUAAUCCACUCGAAAUAUCCGUUGAUGCCUUCGAAGAAACCAUUUCUUUAAAAAAGAUCAUAAUGCAAAAUUUAUCCAAAUUCACCAUGACUGGUUCUUUUAGAAACAUGCAUCAACUAGUAUUCCUCGAUAUGUCAUAUCUUCGUAGUCGCUUAGAAAUUACUUCCUGUGGCCAAUUUAGUCAUACGUCGGCGUUGAGGACUCUAAACUUAUCCAAAACUAAUAUCAAAGCCGAAGAUUUAGUCCAAUUUAAAAGCAAUAGAUCACUGUUUUCAGGACUUGUCUCGUUGUACACUCUGAAACUGCAACAUAACUUGUUCGAUGAUUUCCAUCAGGUUGCUAACGCAUUUACCACACUUUGGAAUCUUCGUGAGUUAGAUCUGUUUGAGUGUCGCAUACAACAAAUUAACUCGGGGAUAUUUGGGAAUCUUACGUCAUUAACAUAUCUCUCGUUGGCCGCGAACCAUAUUAGAAUCAUUCCCGAGAAAGCUUUUCAGGAUUUACAGAAUUUACGUGUCCUCAAACUAAAUUCUAACUCUAUUACAGUUAUCGAGAAGCAAUUAUUUUCUAGAACUCACAGUCUCCAGAAUCUAUACCUCCAGGAUAAUCAAAUCUCCACCAUAGAACCUUUUACACUAAUACCACAAAGUCUUAAGGUGUUAAUUAUUGCGAAAAAUCCCUUCACAUGUACCUGCCAACUUGCAUGGUUCAGCAAAUGGCUGGACAAGGGGAAUACAAAAAUCGAUCUAAGAAAUGAGACUCGUUGCUCUAGUACUUCCUUCAAAUUGCUAAGAGAUCAGACUAUCUGGUCGUUCCAUCCUAAAGAUUACUGCGGAGUCAAUAUCUAUCUUAUUGUAGGUGUAUCUUUGGCAAUCGUGACCGUUUUUUCGCUCAGUGUACUCGCGUACCAAAAGCGAUGGUGGCUGAACCACAAACUAUUUCUCUUAAAGUUGGCCAUCAUUGGGUAUGAAGAAAUCAUUGAAAAUCAAGGUCCUGAGGACUACGAGUAUCAGCUUAACCUUAUGUUCCGUGAAGAAGAUGAGUGGUGGACUAAUGAUUGCAUGAAGCCAUUCCUGCAGGGGAGGAUGCCACAUCUGGAGCACGUCGUUUUCGGGGAUAAUGACCUUCAUCCAGGGUCUUUCUACUUGAACGCCAUCUAUGACGUCAUUGAGAACAGCUACAAGACGGUUUUGUUGCUUAACAACGAGUCAGUGGAGGAUACCUGGUUCAUGACCAAACUCCGUAUGGCCGUGGAGCAUAUGAAUGACACCAAGUUGGAGAAGAUCAUCCUCAUAUUUUUAGAGGACAUCGAUGAUGACCACCUACCGUACCUUGUAAGGCUGUUGCUGAGUCGAAACAAGCCUUAUUUGCUGUGGGUGGAUGAUGAUGAAGAUGGACAAGAACUCUUCUGGGCAAAGUUUGAGAAGAGCAUGAGGACUAACAGGGAAAUGAAUAAUGUAAUUCCAGUUUAGCACAGAUCAAACAAAUGUGGUUUGUUACGCUUGCAUGAAAAAGCGUGUGUCAUGAGCGUGGUUGUAACUAGAUGUGUGUAAAAAAAAACGUUCCUUGCGUCGGGAUUAGUUCGAACCCGACGUGAGACAUGCGUCUUUAAAAAAAUGUUUGUCUCAUUCAUAUUCAUUUUAUUUCAAAAUCAUGAAUAUACAUGUAAUUUGUCAAAUGUUCCACGAGGCAGUAUUGCAAAGAGCUCACACUUCCAACUCCCCCCCCCCUAAAGAUGGAGUUUAUUUGUGGAAGUGAAGUAGUUCGUUCUUUGUCAAGAAUAUAAAGGGAACAUUGCAUGAUGAUUGCUGUGUCUCACCUUCACUGAAUUUAGUUUAAAUAUACACAAUGAUAAUGUCAACCUCAGUGUUAUACAUUUUAAUGCCCGUAGUCUCUCUAGAAACUUUGAAAAUAUUCAUUUAUUUUGGGAUACACUUUUACAAACAUUUUCUGUUAUUGCUAUAUCAGAAACUUGGAUUUGUGGUACCCCUAGUGUUCCUUUUCAUUGUCAUAUAGAUGGUAACAUUUGUAUACAUUCAGAUAGAUUAAUCGGUAGAGGAGGUGGUGUUGCGUUAUUUGUACUGUUCGCAGUGAUUUAUUUUAUUCGUAAGAUGAUUAUAUGAAUAUUUAUGUGUAGAUUUUAUGUUUGGACUGACCUUUAAUUAUACAAUAGGUGUUAUUUACAGAAAACCAAACCCUGUUAUUUUGAAUUUUUACAGUUUUAUAAUGAUGCACGUGGUACUUUAUCGCAUGGAAAUGUUGUUAUAGCCGUUGAUUUGAAUAAAGAUCUUCUUAAAUUGAAUAAUGCUCAAGUGAAUAUUUCUGACGCUUGUAAAUUUGUAAGUAUGAACCCCUCGUUUGGGCUUAAAAAUUUAAAUACAAUCCCAACUCGAAUUACAGGUAAUAGUGAUAAUAUAUUUACUAAUAUGAACAAUUGCAAAUGCGCAAGUGGAACUAUAUGUACUGACAUUACUGAUCUAUUAACUAUAUCAUCGUUAUUUGAGUUAGUUAAAUACUCUACUAAUAAUAACCUAAUAAUCUCUUGUUCGUAAAAUCACCAAAAAUAUAUUACUGCAUUGAGAAGGGGGUUAGAUUGGUAAUGUUUGUAUAUGUAUUACAAUGCAGAACAAAUGUAUAAUGUAUUUUAUUCUCUUGUUAAGUAGAUUAUAAUAAAUAUUUACCUCUUGUACCUAAUCAAUCUAAAAGAAAUGGAUAUUUAUUAAGACGAUUUGAGAAGAAAAUAAAUUGUACAAAACAUUUAUUUGCAAUAGAUCUCCUGGAAAUGAAUAUAAGUUUAAAUCAUACCGAAAUCGAGCAAAUUAUUUAUUAAAGCAAUUUGUUUUUUUAUUAUUGUGCUCAAUUUGGGGGAAAUGAACGGUAAUGUUAAUGGUACAUGGAAAAUUAUGAAUACUUUGUUGAACAAAAGAAUAACCUCAUUGUCUUUGCAUUUUGUAAAUAAUGAUGAAUUAAUACAGAAUGAACAAACUAUCGCAAAUGAAUUUAUUUCGUAUUUUAGUUCUUGUUGUUCUACUUUGCAUUACAAUAUUGCUCGAAUUGAUUCUUUGUCAAUUACUGUGGUAGACAAAAGAACAUCCCUUCACUGCUAUUAUGUAAA